UAAAACCGUCUGUCUCUCUCUCCUUGACCCUGUUUCAUUAUUUCUCCUCCAAUGGACCAGCAAACUCAAUCUUCUUCGACCUCAAACAGCAUCAAUAACAUCGCCUUGGACACGACCAAAUCCGAACGAGCAGUCUGGCUCAUGAAAUGCCCUCCCGUCGUCUCUCGUUCUCUCAAACCUUCUUCCACCGAUCUCCCUUUUCCUCCUCCUCCUCCUGACAAUAAUAAUAAUAAUAAUAAUAAUAAUAAUAAUAAUGCUGGCCCUGUCGCUAAGGUUAUCGUCUCCAUCGACCCUCUCCGUUCUAACGAUGACCCUUCCUCUCGUGAGUUCACCAUGGAAUUGGCUGGCACUGAAUCUGGGAAUGCCCCUAAGUGUUUCUCUUUGGACAUGUCUACAGACUUUAUCCCAAUGUCAGUGUUUUCUGAGUCUACUCAAGCUGGAAAACUUUCUGUUGAGGGAAAAAUACUACACAAAUUUGACAUGAAGCCUCACAACAAAAGCAUUGAGGAAUAUGGGAAACUCUGUCGAGAAAGGACUAAUAAAUACAUGACAAAAACAAGACAGAUCCAGGUGAUCGACAAUGAUAAUGGGACUCAUAUGAGGCCUCUGCCUGGGAUGUUUGGUUUAAAGCUUGCUGGACCUACUUCUGAAAAGAAGAAAGUGGCUGCAAAGGGAUCAGACAUGAAAAGAACCAGAAGAGACCGUGGAGAGAUGGAAGAGAUAAUGUUCAAGCUGUUUGAAAGGCAAUCGAAUUGGACAUUGAAGCAACUACUCCAUGAAACUGUCCAACCUGAACAAUUUCUGAAAGAUUUGCUUAAAGACUUGUGCGUGUAUAACAACAAAGGGACUAAUCAAGGGACUUAUGAGCUGAAACCCGAGUACAAGAAUUCAAUUAUCUAACUAACUAACUCUCCUUAGCUUCAAGAAACAAUCGGGAUCGUCUUCUUUAGUGCAGACGCAUUUCUAAUGUCGAUAUUUUAGUUUUAAGGCAUGUAGAGUGUAGAGUGGAAGAGAUUCCAAGAUAAGGAAAUAGUUUUCCUUGACAAUUUAUGUAAUGGAAUUAUUAAGAUUUACCAUCUAUCUUGAUAAGCCAAUGGAUUGGAAAUAAUUCAUGUGAUCUGUUUUGUUUGCCUAAUAAUAACUAU